AUGAGUCUGUUGGAAAAUUACUGCCCUCAUGCAGUGCCUGUGGGCCUGGGGCAGGACAGGAGCACUAUAAAAGGAGUUCCAUCUCCUCACUGUCUCAUCCACUCCUCUCCUGCACACAGUCUCCUUGGGAACAAGGUGCACCUGCAGCCCCAAGCCAUGUCCUGCUACCCCCGGUGCCAGCCCUGCCAGCCCUGUGGGCCCACCCCGCUGGGCAGCAGCUGCAAUGAGCCCUGUGUCAGGCAGUGCCAGGACUCCACCGUCUUCAUCCAGCCCUCGCCCGUGGUGGUGACCCUGCCCGGGCCCAUCCUCAGCUCCUUCCCCCAGAACACCGCCGUGGGAUCCUCCAGCUCUGCUGCUGUUGGCAGCAUCCUCAGCUCUCAGGGAGUGCCCAUCAGCUCUGGGGGCUUUGGCCUCUCUGGCCUGGGCAGUGGCAUCUGUGGCAGGAGGUCCUUCCCCUGCUGA